UCAGAAAGACGUCAGACAUAUACAAUUGUAAGCGGAACUGUGGCGUUAUGGUUUGCACACCGCCAUUAAAACUAAAAAAAUAUGUGGCGUGAAAACGUUUGAAUUUAGCAGCCAAUGUGGGCUUGCUUGCUGAGAUGUAGAAACAUCAAGAACACGAUUAUCUAGUUACUGUUUCACUUAAAAAUGGAAGAGAUACGUCCACUGUUGAGCAAUCAGCCGUGGGAGGGCUCAGAUCUCCCAUCCCCAAACCUGAGACCAAGGCACCAGGAACUGAUCCCAACGCCAUGUGGCCCGAUAAAGCCUUGGUCAGAGCUGUCAUGCUUGGUGAAGCUUUACUUCUGCUUCACCAUCGCCUCUCUACUGGCACUAUUGGCCCUCACACUGACAAACAUCUACAGGCAAAGCAUGGCAACGUACAGCUAUGAGGACGACUUCACUGUAUCUCUCAUCCAACUGGUUGGAAUUUUGUUCUGCAUAUACUACAUCACCAGGGGCAUCCUGCAGGAGAACAGGCAGGAGUUGAUAGUGUUUGUCCUCAGUGUGUUGGUGGUCAUGAUGCGCUCUGUGGUCAACUUCAUGGUGCUCCCUGUCCAGGAUAGAAAGGACUUGCUUCUGGUGCGGUUUGUGUGCAUCCUGUGUGUGGGCGUGGUCCAUGUCCUGUGCGCCACUCUGCUCAUCCAAAGGCCCAACAUGAUGGCCUUCCGGGUGGGCGGAGCUCUGGAGAGCUUCCAGGAGCAGUACUUCCUGAUCAACCUGUGCUUCUCCAUGGUCACCUUUGACCUACAGGCCCAGCUGUGCCUUUGCAUACUGAUUAUGACGUCAGGUACAACCAUGUCCUUCACGAACAGCAUCAUCCUGGGCUUUGGAGUGGUCUGGGCUUGCCUUACCGCAGCCAUGGGGGCUAUCGCAGUUUUAAAAGAAGCCAAGCUGCUGGUUUGGGUCUUUGUCCUUCUGAAUGUGCCGGAGGUGGCCUACUUCGUGUACCUGAUGUACAGGAUCAGUGUACACUGGGGGCAGGACAAGACGUAUACACUGGAGGCUGCUGCUGUGACUGGAGCGGGGAUCUCAGUGCUGAUCAAAGGCGUGCUUUUCUGGUCUCUCUUCCGAUUGGCGCGCAGCUUCGGCCAGGGCCUGAGGGAGAGGAUGUUUUCAUCGGACAAGCAGUAAAGUGCCGUCAUGAGAAGGAAGUGGCUACGGUUACACAGGAUGGAUAAGCAACAAUUUCAAAAUGUUGUAACAACUCUCUGGUUCUGACCAAUGUUUGAAGUUAGGAAAUAGAGGGAAAUGCACUCAAAUGGGCAUUGGACCGGUCUGUUUUUAUGAAGAUGAUUUCACUGCAAGUGACAGACAUACAGUGCCUUCGGAAAGUAUUCAGACCCCUUUACUUUUUCCACAUUUUGUUAUGUUACAGCCUUAUUCUAAAAUGGGUUAAAUAAAAAUCCUCAGCAAUCUACACACAAUACCCCCAUAAUGACAAAGCGUAACAGGUUUUUAGAAAUGUUUGCUAAUUUAUAAAAAAUAAACACCGUAUUUACAUAAUUAUUCAGACCCUUUGCUAUAAGACUCGAAAUUGAGCAACCUUGAUUUUUCUACAACUAGAUUGGAGUCCACAUGUGGUAAAUUUGGAUUUGGAAAGGCACACUCCUGUCUAGAUAAGGUCCCACAGUUGACAGUGCAUGUCAGAGCAAAAACCAAGCCAUGAGGUCGAAGGAAUUGUCUGUACAGCUCCGAGACAGGAUUGUGUCGAGACACAGAUCUGGGGAAGGGUACCAAAAAAUGUCUUCAGCCUUGAAGGUCCCCAAGAACACACUGGCCAUCAUUCUUAAAUGGAAGAAGUUGGCUGACCGGCCAAAAUGAGCAAUCGGGGAGAAGGGCCUUGGUCAGGGAGGUGACCAAGAACACGAUGCUCACUCUGACAGAGCUCUAGAGUUCCUCUGUGGAAAUGGGAGAACGUUCCAGAAAGACAACCAUCUCUGCAGCACUCUACCAAUCAGGCCUUUAUGGUAGAGGGGCCAGACGGAAGCCAUUCCUCAGAAAAAGGCACAUGACAGCCUGCUUGGAAUUUGCCAAAAGGCACAUAAAAACUCUCAGAUCAUGAAAAACAAGAUUAUCUGGUCUGAUGAAACGAAGAUUGAACUCUUUGGCCUGAAUGCCAAGCAUCACUUCUGGAAGAAACCUGACACCAUGUUGUUUUUCAGUGGCAGGGAGUGGGAGACUAGUCAGGAUCAAGGCAAAGAUGAACGGAGCAAAGUACAGAGAGAUCCUUGAUGAAAACCUGCUCCAGAGUGCUCAGUACCUCAGACUGGGGUGAAGGUUCACCUUCCAACAGGACAACGACCCUAAGCACACAGCCAGGACAACGCAGGAGUGGCUUCGGGACAACUCUGAAUGUCCUUGAGUGGCCCAGCCAGAGCCCGGACUUGAACCCGAUCUAACAUCUCUGUCGGAACCUGAAAAUAGCUGUGCAGUGUCGCUCCCCAUCCAGAAACUCCCCAAAUACAAGUGUGCCAAGAAGACUCGAGGCUGUAAUUGCUGCCAAAGGUGGUUUAACAAAAUACUGAGUAAAGAGUCUGAAUAUUUAUGUAAAUGUUACAUUUCAAUUUUUAAAAAAAUAUAAAAAAAUAACCAGUUUUUCCUUUAUCAUUAUAGGGUAUUGUGUGUAGAUUGAGGGGGGAGACAUUUAGUCAAGUUUAGAACAAGGCUGUAACAUAACAAAAUGUGGAAAAAGUCAAGGGGUCUGAAUACUUUCCGAAGGCCCUAUAAGUUGCAAAACACUGUAAACGAAUUAUUUUAUAAUAGCUGAUGAGCACCACUGAUUAAUUUAUGUGAGUCUGUUACGUUUAUCACAUUUUGCCUACUUCUAGAGGAUUCAUCUCAGUAAGUCGGAUAAUGCUUACCCUUUAAUGUGCCUACAACACGUACAGUGAGAUGUUAAGUUCUUUGGAGUGUUGAGAACCAGUUUACAAGGCCAAAUGCACAAUCUAACUUCUGAAACAGCUACUGUAUGUAAAUCAAUGCAGAUAUUCUGUACAACAAUUGUCUUUUUAGGGUACUUUGCUUUUACCAUAAUCAUUAAUGGAUUAUAACUUUCACCUUAUUAUUUAAAGUAAACAAAAGUAGACAAUAUUCAGUGGUAUUUUAAUACAUCCAUUGGAAAUUGUGCCCUGUCUAUGAAAUUGUUUAUUUGAGAGGUUUUAUACUGCUAACUUUUUAGAUUUCUGUUUUGGUGAACAAUAUUUAUAAUUUCAUAUACAGUAGUAUAUUCCUAUCUAUUGAUAUGUCCAUUGUCUAUGCGCUACACAAAAUAUCUUAGUUUGAAAUCAUUUUUAAUCUAUCAUUAAUCGUUGUUGAAAGACAGUGAACAUUAUCUUUAUAGGUUUUCGCUGCACUUUUGAUUUGUUGACAACCCAUUAUCGUGUUUUUGUAAACUGCAGGUUCUCAAUAAAAUAUCGAAAUAA